CUUGGUUUGUUACACAACUGCAUCUUUCUUCAUUCUGCCUACAACUCUUCGCCGGCGUUUUACUCUAACACAAUUUUAACUUUGUUUUUUAAAAGUAAGCUCGUUGGAAAUGAGUGGGGACAUUGCCCACAACGAUUCCCAGAUCGACUCUGGAUCUAGGUAUAAUGAUUCUCACAAACACAAAGAUAAGUAUAAGGACAAAGAACAUAAACACAAGGACCAUAAGAAGGACAAGGAGCGCGAGAAAUCAAAGCACAGCAACAGCGAGCAUAAGGACUUCUCAGACAAGAAACACAGAGACAAAGACAAGCUGAAGCACAAAGAUGGCUCCUCCGACAAGCCGCGAGACAAAGACAAAUACAAGGACAAAGAAAAGAGGAAGGAGGAGAAGAAGUCCUUGGAAGGCAAAAUCAAGAAGGAAAAUGGCUUUGCCAGUCCUCCGCGCAUAAAAUCCGAACCAGACGAGGACUUCUACCACUCUCCCAAGUCCCUGAAGCGUGAACGUGACGACGACGUAUCUGAAUACAAGCCCAAAAAAAUCAAAGUAGAGAAUGAUCGCGAGGACAAAAAGGCAAAGAAGAGGAAACAGGGGGACGACGAGGACAUCAAGCCCAAAAAGAAGACCAAAGACAAGAAGGGAGUCGUUGCCGAUGGGAAGAAGAAAGGGAAGAAAGAACCGGAGGAGAAGUGGAAGUGGUGGGAGGAGGAGAGGUCCACAGAUGGCUCCAAGUGGAAGUUUCUGGAACACAAAGGGCCGGUGUUUGCGCCUCCUUACGAUCCUCUCCCCAGCAACGUCAAGUUCUAUUAUGAUGGCAAAGUGAUGAGGCUCAGUCCUGGCGCCGAGGAAGUGGCCACCUUCUUUGCAAAAAUGCUGGAACACGAUUACACCACCAAGGACAUCUUCCGGAAAAACUUUUUAAAAGACUGGAGAAAGGAAAUGACGUCAGAGGAGAAGGCCAAGAUCUCAGAUCUGAACAAGUGCAACUUCACAGAAUUGCAUGUGUACUUCAAGGCUCAGUCGGAAGCCAGAAAGCAAAUGUCUAAAGAGGAGAAACAGAAAAUCAAAGAGGAGAACGAGCGCCUCCUGCAGGAGUACGGCUUCUGCAUCAUGGACAACCACCGGGAGCGCAUCGCCAACUUCCGCAUCGAGCCACCGGGCCUCUUCCGUGGUCGAGGCGACCACCCCAAGAUGGGCAUGCUGAAGCGUCGUAUCCGGCCCGAAGAUAUAAUCAUCAACUGCAGCAAAGACUCCAAGCACCCCAAGCCUCCCCCUGGCACCAAGUGGAAGGAGCUUCGCCACGACAACAAAGUGACCUGGCUGGUGUCGUGGACUGAGAACAUCCAGGGGUCCAUCAAGUACAUCAUGCUCAAUCCCAGCUCGAGAAUCAAGGGCGAGAAGGAUUGGCAGAAGUACGAGACGGCCCGGCGGUUGAAGAAGUGCGUGGACCGGCUCCGGGGCCAGUACCGGGAGGACUGGAAGUCCAAAGAGAUGAGGAUCCGGCAGCGAGCCGUAGCACUCUACUUCAUCGACAAGUUGGCUCUGAGAGCUGGUAACGAGAAGGAGGAGGGAGAGACUGCUGACACUGUGGGCUGCUGCUCGCUCCGGGUGGAACACAUCAACCUCUACCCUGAGAAGGAUGGCCAGGAGUUCGUGGUGGAGUUCGACUUCCUGGGAAAAGAUUCCAUCCGCUACUACAACAAGGUUCCCGUAGAGAAGCGGGUUUUCAAGAACCUUCAGCUGUUUAUGGAGAACAAGCAGCCAGAAGAUGACCUGUUUGACCGCCUUAACACCUCCAUUUUGAACAAGCACCUCCAGGAGCUGAUGGACGGCCUGACGGCUAAAGUGUUCCGUACCUACAACGCCUCCAUCACCCUGCAGCAGCAGCUCAAGGAGCUGACUACUCCCGACGAGAACGACACUGCCAAGAUCCUCUCCUACAAUCGCGCCAACCGGGCUGUAGCCAUCCUGUGCAACCACCAGAGGGCGCCUCCCAAAACCUUUGAGAAGUCCAUGCAGAACCUGCAGACUAAGAUCGAUGCUAAGAAGGACCAGCUUGCCGACGCGAAACGAGACCUGAAGAGUGCCAAGGCGGACGCCAAAGUACGGAGGGACGAGAAGGCCAAGAAGGCUGUGGAGACCAAGAAGAAGGCGGUGCAGAGGAUAGAGGAGCAGCUGAUGAAGCUGGAGGUGCAGGCCACCGACCGUGAGGAGAACAAGCAGAUCGCCCUCGGCACCUCCAAGCUCAACUAUCUGGACCCGCGUAUCUCCAUCGCCUGGUGCAAGAAAUGGGGCAUUCCUGUUGAAAAGAUCUACAACAAAACUCAACGAGAAAAGUUCGCCUGGGCUAUCGACAUGGCUGAGGAGGACUAUGAGUUUUAGAAAGCCUGCUUUGCGGUUUUUAUUUUUUUAUUUUUAUGGUUUCAUGUGUAUCAUUUCCUCCCCCUUUUUGUUUUUAAAAUGCCUUUCUAGCUGAAGUGAUUUCAACAGGUGCCCGUACCUGUUGCAGAAAAGAGUAUUGAGUGUGAUGAGAUAAUAACUUGUUGAAAUGAGAUGUUAAAAUAUGGGGGGGGAAAGAAAAAAAGAAAAAAAAAACGUGAAUACAUUGAAGGCCACUGGAGGGACGAAGCAGGGGUUGCCGGGGCUCAGGGACUCUGUUGGGCCAGAGUACUUGGUCUGUCGACUAGUGGACUGGAUAGAGGGCUCGGAUGUGUAGGGUCUGCUGUGGGGCAAAUCCUGCCUGGACUCAUCGCGUCUCUGACUCCACCUGUUUCCAGGUGGUAAGGUCUAGAGUCCAUGUGUACAUCCUGUCUGGCUCUCACUCCUCCUCAACCCCGCCACGGGCCUGUGACUGAGUGUGUGAGCACUCAACGGUCCUCUAGCUACUGUAGUCAAUAUCCAACUGCUUUGUGUGUCUUUGGGGAAAGAAAAAAAAAAUGUUUUGUCUGUAUUUUUAGCCCUCCUGUACAAUUAAUUAAUUCUAUAUUUUAAUAGAAAAAAAAAAAAGAUGAAUCAAAAAAUGUCCCUAAGUGGACCCAUGGCCUUUUCUUAGGAAAUGAAAUCUGUACUCCACAUGAGUUUUUAUGAUGUUUGAUGACGAUGGUGGCAUGGGGUAUAAAAAUAGGCUACCUGGUGUGCGUGUGUGUGUGUGUGUGUGUGCGCGCGCGUGUGUGUGUGCGUGUGUUUGUAUGUGUGCGUUGGUGUUCUGAUGGAGGAAUGAAGUGAAACAUGAGGUAGAUGAACUGGACUGGACAGUCAGACCCAUACUACACUUGGAGGCUUGCUAGAGCAACUGGGGAAAUGCUACACUUAAGACAAUAUUUACAUAUGCAGGCAGAAUGUGAAAUCAUUUUUUUUUUUUUUUCUUUGUGUUUUGUUAACAAUUUACAGUUUCUAUCAGGGACUUGUUUUCAAUGUAAAUGUGAACCAAUAUAUUUCCCUAUGCAUUGCCACAAAAACCUAUGGUUAUUUCUGCAUUGCUCUUGAGUCUUCAGUGGGUUUUAACUUCAAUCCUGUUUGAUGACUGUUUCCAAGAGGAAUUUAAGAAAACUCCCUUAUCUGUUACUUGAAAUCACUUAUUUUAUUGUGUUUGGGGGGUAGUUCAAUGGAAGAUUUUUGUUUUUAUUUUGGUUUCUCUUCCAAAAUGGUAUGUGAGGGAUAUCAACUUUGCCAAAAAAUAGUCUGUGUUACAGUUGUAGGCAGUUUUAUUUUUAAUUGUGUAAAGAAUGAGAAAAUAACAUAUUUUAACAUGAAUUGUAAUGUGAAUUCUUCAUGAUGUUUUAUUCCAUUGUUUUUGUUUUGGAUGCAGCGAGCGCGCAGAAGUGAUUGAGAGGAGUGUUAACACAGGCAGUUUCUUAUUCUCCCUCGUUUUUUGCCUGUGUAUCAGAUCUUUUUCAUAAUCUCCAAUCAUGUUUCAUUUUAAUUUGUUUUUGUUUCAUUUUCCUCAUUUGUAGGUUAUUUAAGAAUAAAAACCCUACAAGUCA